AUGCAGGCUUCAGCCGAUAGGCGACAGAAGAAGCAGAAACGGAUGGCAGAGGAGGGCAAGCUGCAUGCAAGAAGACAGCAGAUGGACAAAGCAAAGAUCUCGGAUGCUGUCAAGCGCUAUUCCUACUUACUCGGGCAGACGGAACUAUUCAAGCAUUUCGUGGACAUUAAGAAAGCCCGUGAUCCACAAUACGCCGCAUUAUUGGAUGCCCAGCCGAAACCUAAAGGUCGUGGGCGGAAAAAGGCCAUUGAUAACAGCGCUCGCCACAGAAAAUCAGAGAAGGAGGAGGAUGAGGAAUUGCUCAAAGACGGCGAACUAGCAGCGGAUGGCGAUGACCAACCGUUCGUCUUUGAGGAGUCGCCUAGUUUCAUUAAUGGAACCAUGCGACCAUACCAGCUGCAAGGCCUCAAUUGGAUGGUCUCUCUACACCACAAUGGUCUGAAUGGUAUCUUGGCUGAUGAGAUGGGUCUGGGCAAGACACUUCAAACGAUUUCUUUCCUGGCAUACCUGAAGCACUAUCGCGAUAUCUCCGGCCCUCAUCUGAUCGUGGUGCCGAAAUCGACACUUCAGAACUGGGCUCGCGAAUUCGAGAGGUGGACUCCCGACGUGAACACUAUCUUGCUGACUGGCACGAAGGAGGAGCGUGCGGAACUGAUCACCAACCGGCUGAUUCCUCAAGACUUCGACGCACUGAUCACCUCUUACGAGAUCUGUCUCAUCGAGAAGUCGGCAUUGAAAAAGUUCUCAUUCGAGUACAUUAUCAUUGACGAGGCACAUCGCAUCAAGAACGUGGAUUCCAUCCUCUCCCAGAUCGUUCGCUCCUUCACAUCUCGAGGGCGACUGCUGAUCACCGGGACGCCACUACAAAACAACAUGAAGGAGCUCUUCGCUCUGCUAAAUUUCAUCUGUCCUGAGAUCUUCUCCGACUAUGCUGAUCUAGAGAGCUUCCUGCAUAAAGAUGAGGCAGAGGUUGAAGGUGAUGAGGAGAAAAGCAAGAAGGUAGUUGAGGCUUUACACAAGAUUCUCCGACCGUUCCUUCUGCGGAGAGUUAAGAGCGAUGUCGAGAAGAAUCUCCUGCCCAAGAAGGAGAUCAACAUUUACGUUGGUCUCACGGAAAUGCAGCGCAAAUGGUAUCGUUCCGUGUUAGAGAAGGAUAUUGAUGCCGUCAACGGCCUCACAGGCAAGAAGGAGGGCAAGACGCGGUUGAUGAAUAUGGUUAUGCAGCUGCGCAAGGUCACCUGUCACCCAUACCUUUUCGACGGAGCUGAACCUGGCCCCCCUUAUACCACCGACGAGCACCUGAUCGAGAACUCGGGCAAGAUGGUCAUUCUGGACAAACUAUUGAAGUUGAUGAAGGCGAAGGGUUCUCGAAUCCUGAUCUUCAGCCAGAUGAGUAGGAUGCUGGAUAUUCUCGAGGACUAUUGUCUGUUCCGCGGAUAUAAAUAUUGCCGCAUUGAUGGUAGUACUGCCCAUGAAGACCGUAUCGCCGCCAUUGACGAGUACAACAAGCCGGACAGUGACAAGUUCAUCUUCCUCCUCACAACGCGUGCGGGAGGCCUGGGUAUUAACUUAACCUCGGCGGACAUUGUCGUGCUGUAUGACAGCGACUGGAACCCUCAAGCCGAUCUGCAGGCCAUGGAUCGCGCACACCGUAUUGGUCAGACCAAGCAGGUGUAUGUCUUCCGCUUCAUCACCGAGGGCAGUGUAGAGGAGCGGAUGUUGGAGCGUGCUGCUCAAAAGCUAAGAUUGGAUCAGCUUGUCAUCCAGCAAGGCCGGACACAGAAUAACAAAGCUGCGAACAAGGACGAGCUACUGGAGAUGAUCACUCAUGGAGCCGAAAACAUCGUGAACUCGAAUGACGACCUCAUGAUCAACGACGACAUAGACGAGAUCAUCCAGCGCGGCGAGAAGCGUACGGAGGAGCUCAACAACAAGUACGAGGGUCUCACCUUCGAAGACUUGAGUAACUUCAAGUCCGAAGCUUCGGUACAGCAAUGGGAGGGCGAGGAUUUCCGCGCAGGGCGCAAGGCGUUGCAGUUCAACCCCCUGGCGUUGUCAAAGCGAGAGCGAAAGCUCAACUACUCUGUUGAUAGCUACUUCAAAGAGACCAUGCGGGCAGGCCCGUCCAAGACGGAGAAGGCACCCAAAAUUCCUAGAGCGCCGAAGCAGAUUCAGCUGCAAGACUUCCAAUUCUUCCCUCCACGAUUGGCGGAACUGCAGGAGCAGGAGCUCGCUGCACACAAGCGAGCGAACGAAAUUCCCGCUACCUUGCGCGAGCCUGCUGGACCGGAAGAUACACCGGAGAAACUGGAAGCCGAACAACAGGCAGCGCAAGAGUUUAUUGACAACGCCGAGCCUCUGACUGAAGAGCAGCUCCAGGAGAAGGAGAGGUUGAUAGCACAGGGCUUUGAGGAGUGGAGUAGGCGUGAUUUCCAACAGUUCAUUCGUGCGCUCGAGACGUAUGGAUGGACGGAUGACUAUGAGCUUCUUGCGUCCGAGAUUCAGGACAAAACUCCUGCCGAUGUCGCGGCGUACUACCCUGUGUUCCGCAAGAAGUGGAAAGAACUUGCAGAAUAUCCAAGGAUCAAGGCUCGUAUCGAGGAGGGCGAAGCGAAACGGCACAAGCGAUCCAAUCUCGAAGCUCUGCUUUCGAAGAAGAUUGCCUCCGUGCGGUACCCAAUGCAAGAGUUGGAACUGAACUAUCCCACGACAAAGGGCAAAGUGUAUUCCGAGGAGGAGGACCGGUAUCUGCUCUGCCGGCUGAACCACUAUGGCAUGCAAGCUGAGGAUGUGUAUGAGAGGAUCAAGAAGGACAUCACGGAAUUUCCUGUAUUUCGGUUCGACUGGUUCUUCAAGAGCCGAAGCCCGCAGGAGCUGCAGAGGAGAUGCAACACGCUUCUGGGAAUGAUCGAGAAGGAAGCGGAGUUGAAGCAGGUCGAGGAGGUUAAGACGAAGGGCCCAACAAAGGGCAAGAAGAGAGGCAUUGAUGAGGUGCAGAAAAUUGAGGAGAAGAAGGAAAAGGAGAAAGAGAAAGAAAAGGAUAAGCCUUCUCGCUCGUCGACGCCGACUAGCAGCACGACCGCUGCUGCGGCGUCGACAAAGCGGGUAUACAAGAAGAGGAAGACAUAA